AUGGCGAUGCUGCGGGAGUCUAUGAUGCUUCCCACCAUCAAGUGUUCAUCAUGUGGCCGACAAGUCGAAAUCUCUCUCAUGGGAGAGCACAUCUGCACCGGACCGACAGCUGAGCUGUCACCGCCUCCAGAAGAAGAUGAAUAUGAACCCUACACCCCAUACAAUGCGUCCAAGGCGCAAGACAAAUUUGGGCGCAUUCCGCCCGCCGUCGAUAUUAACGUAGCAAAUGAUCCGUGGAUGCGACAAUCCCAGUUGACCCCAAACAGCCUCGUUGGCGAAUCUCGAAGUCUGUCGCCCCCUCGAGGAGACGACUUUUUUAUCUCAUCUCCUGCGCUCGAGGAUGACCUGAUUCCUUCGUCCCGCCCGAUGGAGAGUCCCAGUUUCUUCCCGAGCUUUAGUGAUAGGAAGUCUGGGGCCUCUGCGUUGUCUGGGUCCGAAGUGGAAAUGCAUCUCUCUGUGAGCCCAGGCUCUCAAGUCAACUCUACUCUGAUGGCGCGAAUGGAGACAAUCGCGCCGGGGCCAUUUGACACGAGCAGGAGUCCUUCCUCGCCUUCGUUCCCUCCUCCGCGCAGCGCCUCUUUUGACAAGCAAUUUGACAAGCCGAUCGAUUUUCUGUCAGCGCCGAAAGACCCCAUGGCUCCGAAACGAUCAGCAACGGCGCCCCUUCAUUAUCACACCGCCAGCGCAGCCAGUGCAACCAGCACCAGCAGCGCUGGUACUACUGCUCCUAGCAUACCAAAAAGAGGUGACUAUGAGGGAUUUGGCCCGCCAUCGCCAGGCUUUGACCCCGAGCUCGAGCCGAAGCCUCUCGGGUUCAUGACCCGUUCGGACACCUUUCCCAAGGCAUCGCAUCCUCAAGACAUCCAACCAUAUCGAGCACCUUCAGCACCCGGUUCUCGACCCGAUAGCCACAAGCCCGAGUUCGCUCCGGGUCAUAGAAGCAGACCAUCCAUGGGCCCGGAUACCUCAAGACGUCCUCCGCCCCGGAAGAGCCUCCUACGCCCGCAGAAGAAUACGGGAUCUGUAGAUCUAGCUGCCGAAUUCGGCACCAGCAACCCCUAUCACACACCCUCCGACUCAACAUCCUCAGGAUAUUCAACCUUCAGCCACCCCAGUCAAACGAGUUCCCAGACCAGCCCGGCGAGAUCCCACACCCGACGCCAGCCUUCCGAUCCGUCAACUAUGAACGGCGGAAUGAGCGAUAUGCAGAGCUCGGUGGAUAGCUUGCGGCCACAGGACCUGCGAAUCGACCCUGCUCUACAACCACCUCGGGCCAGGUCACCACUGGCCGAGUCACCCUACGAGACUUCUCCGGGAGACAGGCUCGACCCAGCCAUCCAAAGCGGCCGCCGAUUCGAUGCCCCGGUCACGCCCGGUCCUUACAGCACCUCCCCCCGAGACCUACAGCCUGUCGACCCGGCUAUCCAGCCCUAUCGUCCCUACGUCGCACCCGCGCCGCUAUCACAACCUCCUCGAAAAAUGUCACGCGACCCAACCGCGAGCAGAGGCUCCUGCAAGGCCUGUAAGCUUGAAAUCACGGGAAAGAGCAUUUCAUCCGCGGACGGGAGGUUGACGGGCAAGUACCACAAGGCGUGCUUUGUGUGUACAACCUGCUCUGAGCCAUUUACCUCUGCUGAAUUUUAUGUUCACGAGGACAAGCCUUAUUGCGAACAGCACUACCAUAAGCUAAAUGGUAGCUUGUGCGGUAGCUGCCAGAAGGGCAUAGAGGGACAGUAUCUGCAGGACGAGUUCCAAAUCAAGUACCAUGUGGGCUGCUUCCGUUGCCUUGACUGUGGGCGAUCGCUCUCCGAGGGCUACUUCGAGGUGGACGGCAAGUCAUACUGCGAACGAGACGCCUGGCGACGGGUCCAGCAGCCGUGGCUUGCCGGCAACGACCAGGGGCCCGAACCAGAUCGGACCAUGAAGGGACCGCAAACUCCCCGAGGGCCUCUUGGACCUCCUGGCCCUCCCGGCCCUCCCGGCCCUCCUGGUCCUCCUGGGUUCCUGGGACCUCCCGGUCCUCGAGGCAAGCCCGGCCUCCCUGGCCGACCCUCGCCCGGACAGCGACCUCCUCCCGGCAUGGGACUUCCACGUCCUCCGUACGGGCUUCCAACUGGAAACCGGCUCGGCCCUGGCCCCGUUGCUGGCGGCCCUGGCUCACGACCGCGGAUGAACAAGCGCAACACCCGCCUCGGCAUGAUGUGA